GUGACGCUACAAGAGGAGCCGAGUCCUGUUUUGCGUUUCAAUCUGUGUAGCGUUGCCGCGCUGCUUUCAACCUGACAUGACAACGAUACGAAAAUAAGAGGUCUGCGGCGAGGUUAGCCACACAAAGCCUGACUGAGACGAAAAGGGAUAAAAAGAUAUCUCCGAGCGGGGAGUUGUCAAUGCUAGACUCCCUGAUCUGCCUGCAUUAGGCUCUGCAAGGCUGGGAGAGACGAACACCUUGACGAAACCACCUGACCCAACAUGAUGGCCUCCAGUGAUGUAGACAUCCGAGGUGAAGGUUCUUUGUUCUCCGAUCAAAACCCAUCAGAGAUGGAUGCUCUGUGUCCGUCUCCUCCUGGACCAUCCAGACCACAGCGCAACUAUGAGAGGAUUGGAGGACGGACAGGAACCUCUUUUUGCCAGACUCUCAUCCACCUGUUGAAAGGGAACAUCGGUACGGGGCUGCUGGGGCUGCCUCUGGCUGUCAAGAACGCAGGGCUGGUGCUCGGACCAGUCAGUCUUCUGUGUAUGGGUGUCAUCGCGGUCCACUGCAUGAGGCUGCUGGUGAAGUGUUCCCACCACCUCAGCGCAAAGGUAAACAGACCUUCUCUAACCUAUGGUGAGGCGGUGCAGUACGGGAUGGAAAAUGUGUCGUGGCUGAGGAGGCAUUCACAGUGGGGAAAACGGACGGUGAACUUGUUCCUCAUCAUCACCCAGCUGGGCUUCUGCUGCGUCUACUUUGUCUUCCUUAGUGACAAUGUCAAGCAGGUGGUUGAAGCAGCCAAUGCCACCACCUUCAACUGCCAAGUAAACUACACCAAUCAGACCCAGGUCCUGGUUCCCAGCUUCGACUCCCGUCUCUACAUGCUCUGCUUCCUGCCUGCGGUCAUCCUGCUGGUUUUCACCCCUAACCUGAAGUACCUGGCUCCUCUCUCUCUGGUGGCGAACCUGGUUAUGACCGCCAGUUUGAUUCUCAUCUACUUCUAUUCACUCACGCACAUCCGAUAUCCCAUCGAUCUACCAAAAGUCGGCAGAGCUAAAGACUACCCUCUCUUCUUUGGGACAGCCAUCUUUGCCUUCGAAGGAAUUGGAGUGGUCCUUCCCCUGGAGAAUAAGAUGCAGAGGCCUCAGAAAUUCACCCUGGUUUUAUAUGUAGGGAUGGGCAUCGUCACCUUCCUCUACAUCAGCCUUGGUACUAUAGGUUAUAUGUGCUUUGGAGAGCACAUAGGCGGGAGCAUCACUCUCAAUCUGCCAAACUGCUGGACGUACCAGGCUGUUAAGCUGCUGUACUGCUUCGGUAUAUUCAUCACCUUUGCUCUGCAGUUCUACGUUCCGGCAGAGAUCCUCAUACCCCCAGUGGUGGCUCGUGUGUCAGAGAGGUGGGAGAUAGCCGUCGACCUGCUGCUCCGCACAGUUUUGGUCAUCUUCACCUGUGCCCUCGCCAUCCUGAUACCGGAGCUGGACCUCGUCAUUUCGCUGGUCGGCUCGGUCAGCAGCAGUUUCCUGGCGCUGAUCUUCCCGCCCCUCCUCCAGAUUAUAGCUUUUCAUACGGAGGGCUUGUCUCCGCUGGUAACCGCCAAGAACGCCGUCAUCAGCCUGGUGGGUCUGAUCGGCUUCCUCACUGGAACUUACAUCGCCAUCGUGGAGAUCAUCGCCCGCAACGCGUCCAAACACGAAGAGACGUUCUCCUCCUACAUGGUCCAGUGAUGGAGCGGAAGGACUGGCAGGUGGAAGUAACCCACACGGGCCAUUCUCAAAGCGUUUUAGGGCACAUUUUUCUUUUUUUUUUUUUUGUUCUUAUUUGAUUUGCUGCUGUUGGACACGGCGGCUGUUUUAAGAUGAAUUUGUGACAUGGUUAAGCAGUAUGAAGCUGUGAGGAUUCGUGGUGCUUGAUGUUGUGUAUACUUAUGUCAUCGCAGUACUACAGUAUCCUGUCGUCCAACCAUCGUGUGCAAUCUAACAGUAACAUGGUAAAAGCUUAAUAAUUCCUUCAGGUGGAAGAUGCAUUCAGAACAGUUUCAGUGAACAGAGGGUUUGUAGAGGUAACUUAUCAUUCUAACAGGCUGACUAUGUUUAUGUUUUAAGUGUUUCAGUCAGGAAAUCUACCUCAGUAACUGCUAUCGGUUUGAACAUCCACAUUAGACACUGUUGCUAAGAUGUAGUUUUAACCAUUGUCCCAAACGUAUUCUCAGUUACAGGUAUACCAACCAACCACCAAGUCGUUUAGAAAAAGGACAAAGUCGUCAUUGCACUUUGAUUUAUGCCUUAUUCAGUCAAACAGGAAACUGCUCUGGUGGUAGUUUUAGGCGACGCGUUACACUUUACACUCUGCAUCAAGUAACUUCAACAAUCACUGUUGCAAAAGAAAAAACUAAAACACUAGGGUUGGGUAUCAGGUGCCCCCGUUUCACCAACGUAGACUUGAUGCUGGGUCUGGACUAGAGUUGCAGACCUUCUAAGAUUUAAAUAGCUUUUCCAGGUACGACAGAGCCACGACAUUACGUCACUGUUUACGUCUGUUCAAACAGCUGUUCACCUAUUGAAGCUUCCUCUAGUUUAUUUUGAACUGUUGAGAACCACAGAGCAACCAGACAGUUGUGCCUGUCUCAUGUGUCGCUGCUGGACAGCCAUGAAUUCAGCGUCUGUCCAGUUUUCCAUGCCGUCUGAUGUCGCACGUCGAGUUCUUCUUCUUUAGAUCAGCCCUGGUUCUGUAAAACAAACGGCGGUCCCAAAGUUUGAACUAUAACUCCGCCCUGAGCCCCUGAAGCAGUUCUUGGUUGUAGACCAGCAAAGUCUCGGUGCAACUUUGACACCGUUUUUUUUUUCUUUUAAACUGGCUGAUAACUGUCAAGGAACUGCUUUGAAGUUGGACAGUGGCUCCAGACCUGCCUUGGUGAAAAAGGGGUAAAAGCGGUUCUGCGUUGGAACCAGUUCCAAGUUCUGAACGGGACUCUAAAAGUUGUGCCUUUCAGUUGCACUUAUCAGAUCUAUUUGUCUUUUCUUGGUUACACGUGUGUCGCGAUGCAUUGUAAUGUUUAAAUCUAAAGGGAACUAUGGAAAACCGCACUGUGUGGUCCUCUCCUCCACGUCUUGUCAUUCUGAUAAAUGCAAAUUGGCCUGAACGUGAAAUGCAUUUCAAAGUGUGUAAAAUUUGUAGGAAAUUAGCAAAAAUGUACCAUUUUAAUACAUAUAUACAUAUACACUUCUUAUUUCUAUUGCUAUUCUAAAACAAGAAAAAUCCAGAUUCGAUUAGAACCCAGGCCGAUGAGCACAUUGACAAUCAGUGAAUUCCUAAACGAUGCCCAACUCUAGAACAAAAACAGAAAUUCCACUAAAUUCAAGUCUAUCAGGUCUGCGUCAGAAACUCACCUGUCAUGUGUUCAUGUAGGAGCUCUUCUGUGUAACACAUCGUCUUUAAAGCUUUUACUUUUUUGAUUCUGUUCUUCUUUUUUUUAAUGUGUUUUUAUGUUGUAAUGUAUUUACUAAAUUAAUGGUUGGAUCUUUUUUUUUUUUUUAAAUAGACUUUUUUUUGUAUUCACACGCAGCAUGAUGCAUUUUUAAGACUUUCCGACUAACGUUGAAAGUUUAGUUUAAUGACAGAGAGGCUCUGCAUGUAAGAUAAUGUACCACGUAUGUAAUAUAAUACACUUACCGGUUUUAAUUACGAGCUGUAGGUGUUAGAAGGUUUGUAAAUGAUUCAUUUGCAUUGUUAGACAGAUAAAGGCCAACAUGUACUGUAAGUUCACUGUCAAGCUUCUGUACUGUUGUAUGUCUUCAGUGUUAAUGUGGCAGUAUAACAUGGACUUUUUUUAUCUUUUGGAAGAAAUGCAGUGGAAACUAGUUAAAGAAAUCUAUGGGCCUUAUGUGUAAAGCAUUUCAAGUAGUUUCUUGUGUAUAUAUAUAUAAACCCAUCCAUUGCACAUAUGUAAAUGUUUGCACACAUACAAAGAAGUCUUUUUAAAUGAAAAUACCCAUAAUUCUCCCACAUCCAAGGAUUUACGUGCUGAAAUGAGAGUGAAGGUGAUGUGCAGCUACCCAAAGAAGACUAAUUUCACUUUACUUGUGUUGAUCUUAUCUCUUGUUUUAAAAAAAUCUGUUGUUAAGUUCAGCAGAAAAAUCUCCAGAAUUGAACAGCGAGCUGCAGAUCCCCAGAUUGGACAGGAUGGAGCUGGCGAAUGUUUCACAUCUUUAUUUGCUAAAUGACUCAAAACUGAUUGAAGUCCGUUUUUAUUCCAACACUCUUUUAUUUCUUUGUUCCCUUCUCAGAAUAAAUAGCAUUAAAGUACCAACA